AGCCACCGACGCACUCUUCUUGAGAAAAACCGGUAAGAGCUUGAAGUUUUCUCCUUCUUUCUUGUUCUCGGAUUGGAAGUGAACCCAAAAAUCCCCCCUCUUCUGCAGAUUUUCGGAUCUGCUCUGCCCUGCUCUGUCCUUCCUUGAGCUGCUCUUGCCGGUGGAGUGCUUCCCCGUUUUUCUGCCUCUCUGACUGCUGGACCCAGCUUUUGCUUGCCGGAAAAUUCUGGUAAGUUGCCAGCUCCUCCAAGUCCAAUUUAUCCAUGUAAUUGCUGCCUUGUGUUGAUUGGAUUUUCUGCUUUUGAAUUGCCCUUUUUGCUGUCCGAAAAUGGAAGAAAUUUAGGUGAAAUUGUGCUGGAAGGUGGAAUGAAUUUUGGUAGCUUUAAGUGGGUUUUUGUUUAAUUUAAGUGGAGGUUAGCUUGAGUUGGUUGUUGUGAUGUUAAUUGUGGAAGAAUCUUAUGACAUUCUGUGACUUGUUGUUUUGGCCAAAGCUUGGUUCUUGAGUGUUCUAUCACCGAGCACUUGGCUUGAGUUUCCAGUAUUACGGAUUUGAGGUAAGUAAAUUUAUGGUAAAGCCCUUUGAUUUUAAAGUAUAUUUUAAACUGUUUUUGAGAUGGUGGUAAGGUUUAAAUUGAUUUUAAAUUGAUUUUAUCAGCAUUUGAGUGUGAUUAAACUUAAAUGAAAAUUUGGAUGAUUUUUAAUGAGAAUUUCCUUGUUUUUUCUGGAAUUGAGCAUGAUUGGAAUGAAAAUGGGAAUUUCAUUGUUUUUUUGAAGUAGAGCAUGCCACUUGGAACUUACUGAACUGCUCUGAUGAUUUAAGAAUUUUUCGUAAAUUAUGAUUUUCUGUUAAAUCCAUGUCCACAUGGGAUUUUCUGGUUAUUUUUGAAAUUUGAGAUUUGAUAGUGAAUUAUGGAUUUUCUGGAAAUUCUGCAUGGUUUUGUCUCUGAUAUAGUCAUGAUUACUGACGCCCGCUAGUGGGAGUUUGUAAACGCUAGUACAUGUCGACAUGUAUUUCUAUAGAACCAGUUCACCCUGCCAAUGGGGUUAAACAUUGGUCAUUAUUAACGCCUACCAAUGGGAGUUUGUUAAACACUGAUGGCUCCGAAACGGCGUGGGUGCCCGAGGGGUGGCCGUAAGGACUCGGGCAUUCCUCCGAUCCCAGCUGCCAAUCCCCCUACCCAAGCUGCUCCUCAGGAGGGAGGGAUGAGCAACCCUCAAAUGGCCACUUUCUUUCAAGAAUUUAUGGCGAAGAUGAGACGCCAAGCGUCUCCUGCCACAAGUGUGCCACCUCCAUCCCCAGUGAUUCCCACCCCGGCGGCCUUUGCUCAUAUUUCUCCUGUUCCUAUCUCUUCUGCUCCUGCUGUGCUUAGCUGGAAGAUUUAUACCGAAUUCCAGAAGGUGGUGACUAGGAGAUUUGAUGGUACAGCAGGUUUUGAGCAAGUAGGGUCAUGGUUUACCGAGGUGGAAAGGGGAUUCCGCCUACUGAAGGUUUUUGAUGACCUUAAGGUUGAUGUGGGCAGCUAUAUGCUUACAGUCGAGGAUGAGCAAUCCAAAGCUGAUAGAUUUUUAUGGGGCUUGAAUCUUGACAUUUACCUGGUGGUGAAUCAAUUCAAACCUGCCACUUAUAGAGAGGCAGCAAACAGAGCCAUAGAUCAGGAGAAGGCUAUGGCUAGGGUCAAGACACAAGAUCCACAAAAAGUUGGGUCAUCCUUUAAGAAGAGAAAAUUUGAUGAGAGUCGUAGACCCUCAAUCUCCGCACCGCCUAAGUCUGAUACCGACGAGGCUUCUAAAGAGCUAAGGAUUGCCAAGACUGUGGGUCAAGCAUCAGCAGCCCAACGUACUCAACCUGCCCCACCUAUUUGCCACACUUGUGGAAGAGUGGGCCACACCCGCGACCAAUGUCGCGUUUUUACUGGGGCUUGCUACAGAUGUUCUGCGAAUCAAGAGGUGCAGAAGCAGAAUGUCGGGGUUAGGACAAAAGCCCAGCAAGCGAGAGUUCACGUGAUGACUCACCAGGAAGCUGCGGCUACCGACGCUUUACUUGUUGAUAAUUCUGAUUUUGAACUGCAUGUGAACACCCCUUUAGGAGGGGUGAUGACUAUUAGAGAUAUGCGUAGAACGGAAAAAUUGAGUCCGAGGUAUAUUGGACCAUAUCCUAUCCUAGAAAGAAUUGGCGAGGUAGCUUAUAGAUUUAAGCUGCCUGGAAAUUUAGCGGGUGUCCAUGAUGUGUUCCAUGUGUCUUUACUUCAAAAACAUGUUCCCGACCCAAGCCACAACAUUGAUCCCGAACCAUGCAACUCCGGGAGGAUCUCACUUUUGAUGAGCACCCAAUUCGCAUCUUCGAUUUGAAGGAGAGAACCCUCCACACCUCUUCCAAGAUGGAGGUAUAAGUUUAGGGGACUAAACUCCUUUUUAGGAGGGGUGGAUGUAAUAUCCCCAAAUUUUCUAAGAUAUUUAAGGGUGAGUUAUGGAUUUAAUUGUGAGAGAAUAAUGUUGUUAGCCUUAAUAAUAAAAAUUUUCAAAGUUU